GGCGGGGGCAGGGGGCAAGGCCAGGCGUUUGCCUUGCUGGCCUUGGGCCCUGGGCCCAGGUGCGCAAGGGAAGCCGGCAGACUUGCUUUGAGCCUCCCUUUGUCAGCUGUAUUUGGACUGGUCUGGAAAAGUGAAAGUGACCAAAGACCCUUGUAAUACUGUGGUCUCUGAUGGGCAGCAUUCUGUGGUGUUAAUAAAUAGUAACAUAUUGGAGCCCAAAUGUGUGAGGAUCCCUGUGCUAAUUGACAAGGAAGUUAGCCAGCAUGUGGCUUCAUAGUGAAAACCCGGGUUGGUGGUAUUCAGUAAACAGACUUUUCCUUUCCACUCUUGGCUGAAACAUCCCCUCGAAGUGAGGCCUUUCCCUGUGGGUCUGGACUGCAUCAGGUGGGGGCAUCGCGGCAGUGAGGCUGGUGUGUCCCAUCCUGGCUGAUUCAGUCCUGCAGGAGAUUCUGUUGGGAGGUGGCCAUGCUCUCACAAGUGUGGGAGGAGCUUGGGCAAAGUGGAGGUGCUCAUAAUGUUGUGGUUUCAUCUUUUGGAUCAUUUGUUGAUGGUACCACAGUGGUCUCCUAGGGAGAGGGCUGGCUUGGGUUUUCUUCUUCAGCCACCAUGGAAAACACCCCUGUGAAGUCCAAAUUCUUGUCUUUUUUAAAAAAUCAAGCUUAGCAACCCAACAGAUAUCUACCACGUAUCUUAAUUUGUGUAACCCAAAAUAUUUAAUCGAAAGACGGCAGUAAAUAAAUGUUCAGAGAGGUACAGUAUCUGCUCCAAGGGCUUUUUAAGAAAUCAUGUUUUCCAGUCUUUGAAGAGUUGUUUGAAACCUGAACGGCGUCUUCGUGUAGCAUGAUGCAGUUGUCUUCUUUCAACCCUGAUAGACCAGCCUCAGAGCAUCAGUCCCAGUAACAGCAGUGUGAUUUUAGGGGGUCCAGGGAGAAGGAGGGGCACGAGAGAAGAAGGGCACAUUUCCUUCCUCUUUCUCAGUAUUUGGAGACUCUCGGACCUGAAUGUUGAAACAGGCAAGGUUUGCUUUUGUCACCUUCCUUUUUGUCCCCCUCUCUGUGACCCAAGGUGUCCACUGCCCCCUGCUUGCCAAGGGCCCUCAGGUGCCGCCUCAGCCAGGUGUGACUUCAGCCCCAAAGCUUCUGGCUCCUCUGCCCCUUGUCGGAUCCCACAGCCCUUCAUUAGCCCGCGAUGCUAUCUCAGGUGGGCGCGGGCAGAGAGCACCCUCUCUGCUUGCGUGUGAUGACUGACACCCUCUAAUCACUGGAUAAGUGGCUGGGUUUGCUUUCAUCUACCAGCCCAGCUCAUAUCUUUCUAAACAAGUGAAGUUUGUGAAGUAUUUUCUCAGGCAAUUAACAGUGAAGAAAUGUGCUUAUGAAAGGUUUUCCCCUGGAGGGGUGGGGUAAUGCCGCUGUGUCCUUCCUUAACUCUGGAGAGCUGCUGGGGUGCCCGCACGGCGUUGGACAGUCGGCUUUGGACAGCGGUGGGGUGAGGAGGCCUACUCACGGGUCCAGUCUAGCAGGGGUUCAGCUGGCCAGAGGAAGGUGACUGGGGAGCAUUUCUCUGCGGGACUGUCUGCUGCUUAGACCGGGCCCCCAGCCUGUUCAGCUGCUGGUGCAGAAGGUGGGAAGCACUCGGUUUGGUCACGUGGCAGUGGGACUCUGCCGCUCGGUGUCCGGGGAAAGCUUGGGGCCCCGAGAGCUGGAAGCACCCAGUGCCCGUUGAUAAUUGAAGAAGGGUGGCCAGCAGGCCGCACCUAAGUGGUCAUUCCUGCAGGCUGAGGGUGCUUUCUUGGAGCUGUUGAAACGCGGCUCUGGGACCAUGUGGAAAAGAACGUUGUAGCCACAGACUGAUUUUUCAAAAUGCCGAGUAGGAAAUUCGCUGACGGGGAGGUGGUAAGAGGUCGGUGGCCUGGAAGUUCGCUUUACUAUGAAGUCGAAAUUCUGAGCCAUGACAGCCACUCCCAGCUCUACACUGUCAAGUACAAAGACGGCACUGAACUUGAACUGAAGGAGAAUGAUAUCAAGCCUUUAACUUCCUUUAGACAAAGGAAAAGUGGCUCAACUUCCAGCUCUCCCUCCAGACGCCGAGGGAGCAGGUCAAGGUCGCGCUCCAGAUCCCCGGGUCGACCACCUAGAAGUUCCCGGCGAUCCGCCUCUGCUUCGCACCAGGCCGACAUUAAGGAAAUGAGGAAGGAAGUAUUGGAAGUAAAGUUGACUCCGCUGGUGUUGAAGCCAUUUGGGAACAGCAUCAGCAGAUACAACGGGGAGCCUGAGCGCACAGAGAGGGAUGGCCUGCCUCACAGAAACACCGAGGAAAAAUUCCAUUUGUCGGAAGAAAGUAGUUAUAUAUCUACACAGUAUAGCCUUCGGCCAAGAAGAGAGGAGAUCAAAUUAAAAGACAGAGAUUCUAAGGAAGAAAACGUUGCAACAAAAGGGUCUACAUUGUUGAAAACCUCUGAAGGGCCAGCCACGCAGACCGAGGGCCUGGAGUUCGGGGGAGUCCCUGGUGUGUUUCUCAUCAUGCUUGGCCUGCCUGCCUUCCUCUUCCUGUUGCUGUUGAUGUGCCAACAGAAGGAGCCCAGUCUUCUGAACUUCCCGCCUCCUUUGCCAGCUUUGCCUGAUUUGUGGGAAACCAGAGUGUUUGGGGUCUACCUCCUCUGGUUUUUUCUUCAGGCCCUGUUCUACUUACUGCCAGUUGGGAAGGUUGUGGAAGGAGUGCCUCUUACUGAUGGAAGAAGACUCAAGUAUAGAUUGAAUGGGUUCUACGCUUUCCUGCUGAGCGCCGCGGCCGUCGGGGCGGCUGCGUACUGGGGCGUGGAGCUGCUGUACGUGUACCGGCACUUCCUGCAGCUGGCGCUGGCUGCCCUCGCCUUCGCCGCGGGCCUCAGCGCCUACCUGGCUGUGCGGGCUGCGGGGGCACCCCCGGCCGCCCUGGCCCCCGCCAGCUCCGGAAAUGCCAUCUAUGAUUUCUUCAUCGGCCGCGAACUUAAUCCUCGGAUUGGUACUUUUGAUCUCAAAUACUUUUGUGAAUUGCGCCCAGGAUUGAUCGGAUGGGUGGUUGUGAACUUGGCGAUGCUUUUGGCUGAGAUGAAGAUACAGAAUCGAGCCACUCCAUCCUUAGCGAUGAUUUUGGUGAACAGUUUCCAGCUCUUGUAUGUGCUGGACGCGCUCUGGAACGAGGAAGCGUUGUUGACAACCAUGGACAUCACCCACGAUGGGUUUGGAUUCAUGCUGGCUUUUGGAGACUUAGUGUGGGUUCCCUUUAUCUACAGCUUUCAAGCCUUUUAUCUCGUCAGCCAUCCCAAUGAAGUGUCCUGGCCCAUGGCCUCUCUGAUUAUUGCUCUGAAACUUUGUGGAUAUGUAAUCUUCCGAUGUGCAAAUUCUCAGAAAAAUGCAUUCCGGAAAAAUCCCAGUGAUCCAAAGCUUGCACAUCUAAAAACCAUCCAUACUUCCACCGGAAAAAAUCUUCUAGUUUCUGGAUGGUGGGGCUUCGUUCGUCACCCCAAUUACUUGGGUGAUCUCAUCAUGGCCCUGGCGUGGUCCCUCCCCUGUGGUUUUAAGCACGUUCUGCCCUAUUUCUAUGUGAUCUACUUCGCCGUGCUGCUGGUCCACCGCGAGGCGCGUGAUGAGCGCCACUGCCGGAGGAAGUACGGGCUGGCCUGGGAGCAGUACCGCCAGCGCGUGCCCUACCGCAUCGUGCCGUUCGUCUACUAGCGCGGCCGCCUCGCCGGGGCGCUGCCGGGCUCUCACUUUACCAGUCAGGACUAUGGAGCCAAGUGGUCCAAUUAACCUCGCCAGGUUUGUUAUUAAACCACAACAGCUCACAGGAGGAAACAGGUAAAGGUGUGAGGAUUUGCUCUAAUGGGAAAUGGUCAAUUCUUAAAGUCUUGUAAAUGCACUGAAAAUACCAUUGGAAAGUCAUCAAAACCCAGACACCAAAUUGUGAUUUUGUCAGUGGUAUUUCUUAUGUGAAACCAACUGUGACCUUUGAAGCACGUUUAUGUUUCCUUAUAUUUAGAGAAGAGAAUUUUCAUCCAUUUUCUUUUGAACUAAAUCAUUUCCUAGUUAAGUGAUUUGUACGUAGACCCUGGCCCUGCAUUAACUGCUCUCUGUGAAGAGAGGGGGGAGAUUGUUAGCAGCCGUGGAUGAAGGAAGAUCGUCAGGGGUAGUUCGCUUACCCUUAGCUUCUAGAACCGCAUUUGAAAAUGUAAAUACGUAGCUUUCAUGUAAUAUAUGGGAACUUCAGAUUUUUCUGUACAGUAUUUUGAAUGUGAAAUAGGACUAAGUAUCUUUUUAAUGAAAACAUUUGCAGUAUUUUAAAUUAAGUUUUAUAAAGUAAUACAUGUCAAUUAAAAAUUGCAGAACAAUUAGAAUUCAUUUAACGUUGUAUAAAGAUGCUGUUAAAACGUAGGAAGGGUAUUUUUCUUAAUCCAGAGUUUGUGAAUUUGGCUUCGCUACCUCAACCGCGGCCGUUCGUUUGCCUUUAUAAACUGUUGCUGAUAAAAAAAAAAAUAGAAUAUAUAUUUUUGCAGUAACAUCACUAUUUAAGCAUUUUUACACAGAUUGGUGUUUGAAAACUUGCCAUUUCAGGCUGAUAUUUUUGUAUUUUUUUUUUACUUUUUUUUUUUUUUUUAAAUAAAACUGUAGUUUUGCUACUGUUGAGGUCAUGCCGUUCAUACUGUAUUUUGUGCAUCCCUUAGAGUCCCAGAAUGCUGCUCCCGGUAAAGGAGGGUGGCGUUCAUCUAAGAGCAGGAGUUCAAAACCAUUUCUCUAUUUUGGUUUAAUACAUGUGUGUAGGGUCGCUCUAGCUAUUAAGUUCUAGUUGAGAGAGUCUUGUCCUAGAAUGGAACAGUAGCGAAUUCACUAAAAUUUUGUGUUCAAAAUUAAAUUGUUCUCAGUAUCUUAAAUAUAGGGAAAUCUAGUAAAUAUAGUGUGUAUGUUUGGGUUUUUAAGGGUGCAUUUUACAUACGAGACACUUGGGUGUGACACCCGUUCUGGGUGGCCGCUGGACGGUGUGGACCGGGCUCCGUCAGUGUGAUCACCAAGUCGGCUUGCUCUUGAAACCUUGUUUAGGGGAAUUUGUCCGUGUCUUCUUCUCACUGAUGGAAGCAGGCAGUUUUUUGAUUACGCUUUUCUCCUGGUGUUGGAAAGAGGGUCUCCGCGUGUUCUGUGCUUGACUGACCAAGGAAGCUGUGGGUCAGGAAGGAGGACAUUUCAUUUUUUCUCUGGUAAUGAGAAGAGAGCUUUUACCAGCAUAGUGUUGCCGUUUCUGGAUGUCAGCUAUGAUUUGUUGUUCAUUUUGUUUUUGACACAUUUGACAAGUUUAAUGAUGAAGUUUUAAGUUGGAAAUAAAGUUGAAAAUAAAGAUGUUGACCUUUGCACUUGAGAGCCUCUUUUCCCCACUCUGACUCUGGAGUUGUUGGCUCUAACCCAGGAGCCUGGAGGUGACCACCGCCAUCCUCCUGGGCCACAGGGGAUCCAAAAGGCGUCCUGGGCCCACGGCUCUUGGCACUGAGGCUCGCCGAAGGUUGGAACUUGAAGGGCUAAGUUGAGGGGCCCAGAUUGUGGCCAUGUAUUUAGUCCUCAUUUGAGAAAAUAGAGAAACGAUCAGAACCAUUCACAGUCGGGGCUACGCUCACGAGCUUGUAUGAGCCACGCAAGUGUCUAAGUGCGUGGAGAGACCGAGCACGUCUGUGACGUGUUUGUGUGUCUGUGAGAGGAGGCCAGAGGCUCACCUUGGUCUCUGCCCCUGGACUGUGGGGAGAAAAGGCCCCGGCUCCAGAGCUCAUGGUCUGUUAGCAAAUUGUGUCUAAUUCCAAAAGCUACUUCAGCAAGUGAGUUGGACCAAAUAUUUUCAUUUCUAACCGACAGGAACUAGGAUCUCAUUCUUUUCAGCAGUGCUGCGUGUAAUUAGCUUAUGUGGUUUUGGAUGGUUACCUUCAGACCAAGUUCCUAGAUGACACCAUGGAUCUGGGUGUGGGCCCCGCACUGCAUGCUUGCCCAGAGACAGCGGGCUGUGGGUCAGUCUGCACGCGCGGGGGGCGUGUCUGCCGACAUGCCUGCUGCUGAGGGAGGGUGGCCGCAGAUGUGGCUCCGGGCCGUCCUCCAGGCGGAGUGAGCUCGGGUGAGACUUGUCGCGCUGAGCACCAGCUUCCGUCCAGAGCAGUGCCGCUGCCACCACCCCACGGCACAGGCUGGCCUGCGGAUCGGAUCGCCGUUCCGACUCGCGCUCCACCCCGUGCUCGGUACUAGAGACCCUGCUGGCGGAAACACAUUUUGGUAGUGACCGAACGUGCUCCCCGCUCGCGAUUGGGGUGCCAGUGGGAUGAGGUCUGGUGACGUCCCAGAACCCCUUAAGAGAAGAUCUGCGUGUGUCUCAGAAGCCUUCGGUCAGGCCAGCGGGGUCGCAUUCUGGGCUCUGUGCAGCCCGGGAACGAGUUCCCGAGAACUAGCCCCCGUGUAGACUGGAUGGCUGGUGACCGCAGAGAUCGCUGUUGCCGGCGUGCACGCUCGGGAAAGGGAGACCUCACCUGGGACGGUGCACGUGGGUCCUGUGUGCGGAGAACGGAGCGGCUGGCAGAUCCCCCUGCAAGUGCGGGGGGCGACCAACUGCACCUGGCCGAUCUGGCCAGACACGGAUGUCUCCGUGAAGGGUGUUGGCUACACGUCACGGUCUCACAACACGUCAGUCUGGCUCAAGUCAGACAUGAAAUGGUUUGGUACAUACGUUUAUUUCUCAUUCUUCUCACACAGCAGUGCGACCUGCAUUGUGAUCCAGUGACUAGGGGGUCUCUUCGUGGGUAAAUACACCGAGGUUAGAAAGUUUGAGGGUAAGCCAGUGGUUGUCAGAAUUCCUGACCGCUCAGGUGUCUGAUAGAUGGGGCAUUCAAACGUGUAGAGUUCGGAGUCUGUCUGCGCAGAAGCAUCUGCUCUUUCAGUAGAAAUCUAAAAAAAAAAAAAAAAAAAAAAAAAAA